AUGGCGGAGGGGAGCGAUGAGGAGGUGCUGCCCGUCUUUCCUUUCCUGCAGCGGCCGCUUCCGCAGCGCUCCUCGCCCUCCGUUCCGAGGGCGGGGAGGGAGGCUGCUUGCCCGGGUGCGGUGAUAGUGCUGAGCAGUGGGAGCGAGAGUGAGGAAGAGAUCGUCCCGCUGGCGGAGAGGCUGAAGAGGAGGCUGCAGGGUAGUGGGCUCUGCCAAAAGAGCGUUGAGGUUUUCCAGGCCCCGCAGGGGGAUGCUGCAAGGGGAGCUGAGGGAACAGGGUGCUGCUCGAGCUCUACCCAGGUGGCUUCUGGUAUAGGACAGUUCCUUUCAAAGUCCUCUGAGGUUCUGAGGGAUGUGUUGCCGUGUGGAGAAGUGUCCCAGAGUAGCCAAAAUUAUGAUGGAUGCAGUUCUGGGAAAUCACCUUUGUGCCUGCAAACAGACUGUUUGUCUGAUUCGGCAGCCCAAAGUAGCAAGUUUGGAGGUAAAGAAGCAAGUGUGGGAGCAUCUCCCCCUCCAAAGAGGUCAAAACAUAGUCAGAAGGAAAGAGAGGCAGCUUCUCAGGCUGCGUGUCAGAGGAGAAAGGAGCGUGAAAUACGGAAGAGACAGCAGGAGCAGGAAAAAGAAAGGAAGAAGGCCCUUGCCAAGAUGUUGAAAGCUCAGCGACCAGGGGAGUGCCAGAAAUACAUCACAGUGGUGCUAGAUCAAGUUCUCUUCCAAGUAGAAGUUGGUGAACAUGUCCUCAGUGCUCUGCAAUCUAAGAAUUAUUCCUGUGUGGUUGAGAGUCAAGCUGUUCCGUGCGGCAUCACUUGGAGAAGACGGGCUGUGUUGACUCAGACUGACGAAGAAAAUGAAUUGACAGAAGAACCGCAUAUCCUGGUUCUGCUUCGUUUGGAGGAGUUUUUGUCCAUGGUUCAUAACUACAAACAGGAGGCCCAGGGCUGCACAGAAGGGCAGAAGGAGACGUUACAGACCUUUGUUGCUCGUGUGAUGGAGAAGAUGCCUGGGAAGACACUGGCACUGGCAGUAGCUGGAGUAGACAGUUAUUUCGGAUCUCUCAGAACUCAGUCAAAAAAGAGGCUGCAACCAGAAGCAGUGAAUGGAGACCAAGCAGAGGAUAAGGGAAAACAGAGAAAAAAGAAAGCUAAGGAUUCCGGUCCAGAUGUGUCCAGGCUGGAUGUGGAAGAUGCAUUAGUGGAUUUGCUGUUGCAGACAAACGUCCAAGUCAGACUUGCUGAGAGCCUGGAGGAGCUCGUGGAGUUUGUCACUAUGUUCACUAAAGCAGUAGCUGAAGCACCAUACAAGCGAGAGCGGGAAAAUACUGGAUUCUCUUUCUGCGUAGAGAAUGAGGGGUGCAGAGGUGUGAAGUUGGAUCCUACCGGUAAGGGUCUCUUAGAAGUUUGGAAACGGCAGAUACAACAGUUUAACCGGGUCAGCCUUGAUAUGGCUGAAGCUAUUGUGUCUGCAUACCCUUCUCCUCAGCUUCUGGUUCAGGCCUACAGCAAAUGUUCCUCAGAGGAGGAGCAGGAACACAUGCUGGCUAAUAUUGUUGUGCGCCGUGGUGAGGGUGUGACAGCCACUAAGCGGCGCAUCGGGCCUGAACUCUCCAGACGAAUCUACCUGCAGAUGACUUCCCACGAUCCUGAUCUCUGUUUGGAUUUCACUGAGUAGCCCAAGGGAAUGAGAAUUUUUCUGGUUGCCUGGAUUAAAUAUUCAUUUUCCUUCUGAGAAGUGCUUCAAUAAUAAAUGGAGUCAUGAUUCCUAGUUUAAAGACUUAAAAACUCAUUUAGUCUUUAUCAUGGUAGAAGAAAGUUGGUUAAAAUUGCUCAUGGAUGGAGUUUACACAAGGAAGACAGCAAACAUCUCCCAUGGGACCCU